AUGGAAGCUGACGAGCCAUCAACGGUACAGGACGAAGUCACGAGCGAUAACGAGCUUCACAUCCCCAACGAAAUCAUUCACGAGAUACUCAACCACUACCUCCAUUCUCUCCCAAUAAGGGAGGACAACCUCGACGCCAUCCUCCUUCCAGCUUCAGUCUGCAGAGGGUGGCAAAUCUACAUAUGCGAGCAAACCAACCACUGGCCAACACUCGAGGUUUCCUUCCAGCGCGAAUCCUCCGUUAUCCGAAACACAACCCUUGCCAACUUCCUUCACUCACCCGCGGGCGCAGCUGCUCCAGUUCCUUCCCCACUCACCAUCGACAUGUCGAAAUUCGAUCGCUUGAAUCCAGAGCACGUCGGGUUGCUCGAAUCAGCACUGGAACUCUUGCCCCGCGCAAACGAUGCCUUAAAAUUGCGCUCGCCCGGUCCACCCGAGAUGGCUUGGUCCCGCUUGAAGUGGACCGCCAUCCAAAACGCCAUCUUCGAGGGGAGGAAGCUUCGGGCACUGAUCCUCGAAGGAGAUCUACCCAUGGACUUUUGCCACAAAGCUUUGUCGAUUUGUGGCACUGGGUUGGAGAAGCUCAGUCUCAAGGGCGUCUCCCAAGCUUCCAAACGACUUCCGUGGCCGUUGCCUCGUGUCCCAUUGCCAGCGCUGGAAGAUCUGGAGAUGGAAUUCGUCACGGACAUCAGGCAGCUCGUUACCUCGCUUGACUGCCCGAAGAUAACCAACCUAGCGCUAUCCACUGAUUCGGAAUGGCUCAUGGAGGAUGUCGCUGGGUACGACUUCCAUUAUGCCAACUUGACAAAGUUGGUUUGCCGUGCCCCCGAAUACACUCGGUUGGCAGCUGCCGAGAAGAUCCUCCAAAGAACGCCGAACCUCGAAGCAUUGGAAUGGAUUGGGGACUGUAUCACCCAUGGACAGCAGCAACUGGUCUCCCUCCAGCUACCCUUCUUGCGUUCUCUGAAAGUUUCACAUCCAGGACGACAGGAUUCGGUGUUUGAAACCUUGCUCAACAAAUCACAGGUGUACGAUGAAGUGUGUCUGCCGAAUCUUCUAUUGCCUGUGCAUGCGAAGACAUUGCGCAUAAACACUCCGAUGUCGACUCUUGCUUGUUUAAGCCUACUUGCGGAUAGCCAGCACCUCGAAGAAGGCUUUUUCGAACUGAACGACAGCAUCGAAGAUGUCGACGAAUUCACGAUCUCGAUGUACCUUUCACCCCAAACCCCUUCACUGAAUGUACCCAACCUCAGAAAAGUUACAUUCCUAGUCCAUGGUCCCAACCGCGGUUUUUACCAACGACUUCCGAUACCACGAGGUGUCGAGGUUGUUAUCCGGAAUUGUCUCAAGUGCGAGAUGCUCGGUGGAGGGAGUUUCUGCGACUCACUAUGAACGGACUGGGACGACAGCUUGAUUAAAUUUUCGUCUUUCUAUCACGAGCCCAGCCACCUUAAUACCUUAUAAUUCGUUUCGACCAGUAUGUAUUAAUACGUCCGCCUGCCAGCCUUCCGUGGAUAUG